GUUCGGAAGAAUUGUCGCUCAUGUGACGCUAAAAUAACCACGACUGUAAGGUUCGGGGGACGCGAAGGACUGAAGAACGCAGUCUCUGGCCCUGUAUUUUGGGAAUUGGACAGAAAAUGGAAACUGAAAGUGGAAAUAAAGAAAAGGCAACGGAAGAAAGCAUAGAAAAGAAAAAAGAAGUAGAGAAAAAGAAACGGUCUAGAGUUAAACAGGUGCUUGCAGAUAUUGUGAAGCAAGUGGACUUCUGGUUUGGAGAUGCAAAUCUCCACAAGGAUAGAUUUCUUCGAGAGCAGAUAGAAAAAUCUAGAGAUGGAUAUGUUGAUAUAUCACUUCUUGUGUCAUUCAACAAAAUGAAAAAAUUGACCACGGAUGGAAAGUUAAUAGCCAGAGCACUAAAAAGUUCUGCUGUUGUAGAGCUGGAUUUAGAAGGCACCAGAAUCAGGAGGAAAAAGCCACUGGGUGAAAGACCAAAGGAUGAGGAUGAGCGGACUGUGUAUGUGGAACUACUUCCCAAAAAUGUUAACCACAGCUGGAUUGAGAGAGUAUUUGGGAAAUGUGGCAAUGUUGUUUAUAUAAGUAUACCACAUUAUAAGUCUACUGGGGACCCAAAGGGAUUUGCCUUCGUGGAAUUUGAAACAAAAGAACAAGCUGCAAAAGCUAUUGAGUUUCUUAAUAACCCACCAGAGGAAGCACCAAGAAAACCUGGUGUAUUUCCCAAGACAGUGAAAAACAAGCCCAUUCCUGCUCUCACAGUAACUGAAGAAAAGAAAAAGAAAAAGAAGAAGAAAGGCCGAACAAAGAAAGACGACAAUAUCCAGACCAAGGAGUCAAAGAUGGAUGCGAGCAGCGAAAGUGUCUGUAAGAAAAGAUCAAGGACCACAUCUGAGAGCUCUGAAGUAGAGGUUACUGAACCCCAAAAGCAACCCACAAAGAAGAAGAAAAAACGAGAAAAAACCGAAGGGUCCAGCUUACCAUUAGUCAAAGCAGGGAAGAGGAAAAGAAGCGGCUCUGAAGAUGCAGACUGCCUCACUCCCAAAGCGAAGGUUAAGAAAGUGUCUCAGAAAGACAACGUUAAAAAAGAAGCUCCAGAAGUUUGUAAAGAAAGCAAAGAAUUAGAAGUCUCUACGGAAGAGGAGAAGGAUACUGGAGAUAUAAAGGACGGAUCCCUACUGAAAGCAAAAAGAAAGCAUAAGAAAAAACAUAAAGAGAGGCAUAAAAUGGGAGAAGAGGUUAUUCCAUUACGAGUACUAUCAAAAACAGAAUGGUUGGAUUUGAAGAAAGAGUAUUUAGCACUGCAAAAAGCCAGCAUGGCUUCUUUGAAAAAAACAAUAUCCCAGAUAAAAUCACAAUCAGAAAUGGAAACAAAUGGAGUACCUACUAAUUCGGGAAUGAAAAAUGAAAAAACAAACAGUGAAGAGUGUGGUCCUCAGGAGAAAGUUAAUGCAGCAGGACCACAGUUUGUGAGUGGUGUGAUUGUGAAGAUCAUUAGCACCGAGCCUUUACCUGGCAGGAAACAAGUCAAGGAUACUUUGGCAGCAAUCUCAGAAGUUGUUUAUGUUGAUUUGCUGGAAGGAGAUACAGAAUGCCAUGCUAGAUUUAAAACUCCUGAGGAUGCUCAAGCAGUAGUAACUGCACAUUCGGAAAUUAAAAAGAAACACUGCUGGAAACUAGAGAUUCUUUCUGGUGAUCAUGAACAGAGGUAUUGGCAGAAGAUUUUGGUAGAUAGGCAGGCCAAACUUAAUCAACCUCGUGAAAAGAAAAGAGGCACUGAGAAGUUAAUCACCAAAGCCGAAAAGAUUAGACUCGAAAAGACUCAACAAGCAAGUCAACACAUUAGAUUUUCUGAAUAUGACUGAAAAAAAUUUUUUGUUUACCUCUUCAGAUUUCACUGGAUACUAGAGCUAUUCUUAGGAAUAUCUU